UAAAGAUCAUUUAGCGCCCUUAGAGCUCUCUCAGGAUCUAGAAACCAUCAUAGCCACAUCAAUCCAUGUGGACAACAGGCUCCGAGAGAGGGAGAGAGAGCGGCGUCAAACUGCAGUUCCUCCUUCCAGUCACUCCGAGGAUCCAACCUUCAAGGACUUCUCCGUUCCCCACGUUGGCAGGUUCUGGGAAGACAGCACCACCAUGUGCAUCGGAGGAGCCGAUGCAGCUGGGGAGGACCAAGAUCUCUCCAGAGGAGAGACAGCGCUGUCUGCAGGAGGGGUGCUGCUUCUACUGCGGACAGCUGGGCCACCAACUUGCCACCUGUCCGGGAAAGAUCGAGCUCACCAGCCAUGAGGAGGGCGCUGGCGAGCAGGUUUGCCUCGGCCUUUCCUACUCGAUCGCUGACCCAGGUAAAACUUUCCAUAAAUAACCAGACUGUAACUCAGGGGGUGUUAAUUGACUCUGGGGCAGACGAAAGUAGUGACGGACUGGCCAUCUGGCAUUUGGGCAAAUGCCAGAAUGGCCACAUGGUCCUGCGGCCGCUGGCCGCCAGGCAAAAAGUAAAUAAAUAAAUAAAAAUAAAUAAAUAAAUAAAUAAAUCUUCUCUUGGCGGCCCAAAACAUUUUUAUCGGCCACAAUAUACAUAUAAGUAGUAGCCUAAAUAUAAUUUUAAAUAGCCUAAAUAUGAGUGAAAUGGUAAUAUAAAGUGUUAUGGUCAUCAAGUAUUUUCUUGCAGUCAUUGAGUGAUGACAUUUGACAUCUGACAAGUGACGAAUGAUGGGUAAUGCACUCAACGUCAACGACAACAUCACAACAAGAAAAGAAAAUGGAUCGAGGCACAAAAAGAGAGGGUGGAGUGAGAAAAAGAGAGAGGAAAAAAAGGAAAACUAUGCUCCGGAGAGUGAAAAGUAUGCGAAAAUAUCAGAUUUAUUUACAAAAUGUGUUUACCCAGCGGCGACAGACCGAGCACCUCUGCAGCAAGUGCAGCUAGCAGUAUGGCCUCUGCCUCAGAGAAGAGCAAACUCCUUCGCAGCCUGCUAACUUCUUAAAGGUAAGACAUAAUAAUAAUAACUUAAUUUGUAUAGCACCUUUCAAAACGGAGUUACAACAUGCUUAACAAUAAAAACAAUUAGUACAUAAAACAAUAAAACAUCAAAUAAUUUAAAAACAGUUACAAUAAUGAAUUACCAUCAAUUAAGAAAAGACCAUACGAUAAAUGUGAGUCUUAACAAGAGAUUUAAAAGAAGACACUGAGAGACACAUAUUUAUUUUUAUACUCUAGCUCUGCAGUGUCAUGUUUUGGUGAAGCUAUUGUAAUAUGCAUUGUGGCUGCUGUAACAUUCAUUAUGGCUUAUAACACACAGGGUCCUUCUUGUUUCUGUUGUAACUAGUGCUUUUGAUAGAGCUAUUGAAAUGUGCACUGUGGCUGUGCAGUGCUCUUCAUGUUUUGCUGAAGCUAUUGUAAUAUGCAUUGUGGUUGGUGUAAGAUUUAUGUUUCUGUUAUAAUUUAGUUGUGGUGUCUUCUGUCCAAGAGAGGGCGCCUAUGGUUAAUGGUGGAAGUAGGCUAAGCCUUUAGGAUGAAGUUGUGUGGAGUUUGAUUUCAGAUUUUCGUGUUUUGGUAGACAUAGAGCUAGUAUUAUUAACUGAGGUUAUUACAGUUUUUCUCAAAUGCUAAAACACAAAAGCCAAUCCUCUAAACCAAAUGACCAGUUGUCUAAACACAUUUACUAAAUCUAGCCAUCAUUUGCCAAUAUCAUAAACACAUUUCACAUGAAGACACAAUUCACAAAACACAAUCCUCCGUUCUCAUAAAUCUAAACACAUUUUUCCUUGCUAAAACACAAGUUGCAAAAGAACUCUGCUCAUAUUCUCAAAUGAAAGCUCAUGUGAUGCAAAAUGCUUGCCACAGUCAGCAAUAUUUGAACACAAUGAACACACCUGGCGUCAUUCAUUACACACAACGACUCAAAAUUGAAGACACCUGUUGCUAAUGCUGUGACCACAUGUAUAAAAGCAAGUUCAGAGUGCAGUCAGGGGAAGACGAAUCCGAGUCAGAGGAGGGAGAGGAGCUGGCCAUGAAAGAAGAGGAGCAGGCCAACGAGGAAGAGGAGUUCAAAUCAGAGGAGGAAGAGGAGCAGGCCAACGAGGAAGAGGAGAAGGUCCAGGAGGAAGAGCAAGACAACCUCGCACCAUCAUUACAGACGAGAUGCGAGCAACAGUCAUUGACCAUGUCAUUAUCCAUGGCAUGACAAUGGCUGAAGCAGGACUAAGAGUCCGUCCAAACCUGAGUAGGUUCACCGUGGCCAACAUUAUCAGGGCAUUCAGACAACACAACAGAGUUGAAAGAAUGCCACAUAGAGGUGGGAGGGCUGCCAUAUUUACAGCGGCACAAGAAACCCUCAUUGUGGAUAUGGUUCGUGAGAACAACCUCAUCAGACUCCGGGAGAUCAGAGACAAAGUCAUUGCCGAUAAUGUCAACUUUGAGAGCAUUGAUGAUGUCAGCUUGGCCACAAUAGACCGAGUUCUCCGGCGCCAAAAGAUGCGGAUGAAACAGGUCUAUAGGGUUCCCUUUGAGCGCAACUCUGCGCAACACAAAGACCUACGUUACGAGUAUGUGCAAAGGAUAUUACAGUUGGACGCGAUGGCCAGACCUCAUGAGUACCUCUUCCUGGAUGAGGCUGGCUUCAACUUGCAGAAACGAAGGCAAAGAGGCCGUAACAUCAUUGGCCAAAGAGCCAUCACUGUGGUUCCUGGCCAACGGGGGGGUAAUAUUACUCUUUGUGCGGCCAUGGGUUCGGAGGGGCUUGUCCACCGGCAUGCUGUCCUUGGGUCUUACAACACCCAACGUCUCCUCACCUUCCUAGAGGAGCUAAAGACAUCCUCCUGGACCGCCAACAACACCAUCCUGGGCCCGCACAUCCCAUUUAUGUGAUCAUUUGGGACAAUGUCCGCUUCCACAGAACAAACCAAAUCAGAGAGUGGUUCACCACCAACAGUAACCAGUUUUUAAACGUCUGUCUGCCACCCUACUCCCCUUUCCUGAACCCUAUAGAGGAGUUCUUCUCAUCGUGGAGAUGGAAGGUUUAUGACAGACAACCAUACACUAGAGAGAACGUCCUAAGGGCAAUGGAGCUGGCCUGUGCUGACAUCCCAGUGGAGGCCUUCCAAGGAUGGAUUCGCCAUUCCAGGGGGUUUUUCCCGCGGUGCCUGGCAAGAGAAAAUAUAGCCUGCGAUGUGGAUGAAGUGAUGUGGCCCGAUGCAGCUCAGCGACAUGAUGCCGCACAGUGAUUGUGGUGUGAAUAAAGUAAAUAAAAAAACUUCACACCCUGAACAUGUUUUCAAGAGUUGUUGUGUGCAAUAGAUUCUGUUUUUGCAUUGAGUUGUGUUACAGUAGUGUACAUGCAGUAUUUUCUAUAGAUUUAUACUCUUCAUAUGAAACUCACAAAUCUAAAUGCCUAAUCCUCUACAGAGAUCUAAGAAGAUCCGUUACUGUAAAGUUUCUAAAAAAAUAUGCAUUGGCAGUUAUGAAACAAAGAACCUUCUCACAAAUUGAGCAUUGUGUUUUCAAUUGUUUUGCUGUAGUGUGUAAUGAUGUGUAUAGUGUUUACAUUUUUGAAAGCUUCGAGCUGCUCUUUUGGUGUGAAAGUUUGAGUUUUGAAGUGAGAAGGUGUGGUUGUGUUUAUGUAGCUUUAGAAAAGGGUGUUGUGUUUAGACAUUGGGGAACAUAGAGGAAACGUUUGUGAAAUGUGUUUUAGCAUUUGAGAAAAACUGUAAUCUGACCUUUGAACGUGCCUGAAUUUAUGGGGGUUCUGCUGCUGCCUUAUUAUCUUGUGUGCUGUGUAUUGUUGUCUACCGUACCAGUGCGAUUGUAGUGAGUUGAUUGCGUGGUGUGUGUUCUGAAUUUCUGCAUUCUCAUCAUAUGGUUAGCUUUCCACAUGCUCCCAUGCAAGCCACAAAUUCAUUUUAUCAUUCAUAAUGACUGUCUGUAUAUCUCCUCUUCUAUUGUGCUUCAAGGCAGUGAGUGAGUGUGUGAGUUUCUAUGGUAGUUGUGGAACAGUCUGUGUCUCUGUGGCGCUCUGAAACAUUCUGCCAAUGGUAGCGUUUUUUAUGUUAGUAUGUGUAAAAUCAUCCAUCAUAGUGAUCUAAAAUGACGUAAAAAUGCAUAUAUUUUUUUUGUAAAAUAAUAUGAAAAUUUUUCACCCCUGGCUGGCCGAUGCGCCGCUGUUGGGCCUCUGUGUCAAAAAUGCCAGGGCCUCUUUUUGGUCCCAGUCCGUCACUGGACGAAAGUCUCAUGGACUGGAAUCUAGCCCAACAAAACCAGGUUAAGACUGUUCCACUAACCCAUCCUGUUAAUGCGAGUGCCUUGGAUGGUUGUUUAUUGCUUAAAGUGACUCUCUGUACUGAACCUAUUCAGGUAACAUUAAAUGACAACCACACAGAGAUCAUGCAGUUUCAUUUGUUUGCGCAGCAUCCACUGAUUUUGGGGUUUCCGUGGCUGAAAAGACACAACCCUCACAUUGAUUGGCGCUCAGGCAAAAUUAAGGGGUGGGGAGAAGAGUGUGAACACUCAUGUAAAACUAAUCAUGUGUAGUGAUUGGCGCUUCCCCUGUUGGUCCCGCCCCGUAAUCAUAGGCAGGAAGUAAACAGACAUCAGCUGUUUUCAAUCGAGCCGUCCCUUAAAAGGAGGCGUAGUUAGCCAGGUGAGCGCUGCCUCGCUGUUUCCUGACCUCGUUACUACAGUCGCAGGGUGAACAUUGGACUAAGGUGCUGUUUGCGGGCAUUCUCGAGCUGGCCGGUGUUAGCGUUAGCUCCCCCCCUCCCCAACACACACAUACAGCGCACACACAGGCUGGCAGGUGUGGCGUGCUUAUGUGCCUUGAUUGCGUGUAACUUGGAGCUUAAAGGAACAAAGUAACAUGGCGAUGGCUUCCAGAUGAUUUAGCCCCUUGGUAUUGGUCUGAGGAGGAGCUCUGUUGCCACUGCUGUUUUUGUCCCUUAAUGUUUUGUUGUAUAAUUUGUUUAGGAUUAUCAGUGUUUAUUUUUGGUCAUUUGUGGUUUUAUUUUGGGUUUGAGUAACUUUUCUUUUUUUUGAUCUUACUUUGUUAGUUAAUUUUGUGUUACUGUAGCAGUGGCGUGAGUCAUAUCCCACUGGCAGGUGCUCAGAGUGUUUUAUCUUAUCCCUCCGCUAAACCAACUGUCUGAACGUCCUGUAUCCUUGGAUUUCUUGCUAGUAGCAGGCUGGUCGGGUUGCUAGGCCCUAUGGGCGGUGGGUUAUUGGGUGGAGGGUUCACCUUUUCUUGGUUUGUCUUGCAUGCCCUCCCUUGUGUCUCUAAGCUGUGUGCUAUCUCUCUAACAGUGAGCGUGAAUGUAAUUUUUUUACUGCAUGCUAUCCUAUCGUGCUUGGCUAAUUGUGUGCAUUUUUUGUCUUGCAGUGCUACGUGUGUUAACAGUCGCAUGACACAGGUGGUGGUGGUGGAACCCCUUUAUCCUCUCCCCUCACUUCCCCAACCUGUGGGUCCCCUGGCACCCUUCACCCUAUGCUGAGUGGCGUUGUCGGGUCCAUGUAGUCUGGGGUUGGGUAGGAACAAAUCCACCCCCCUC